AUGGAGUCCGCCAUUCGCUGGUCACCGAGCUCGACCGCCUCGGAGCAACGCUUCCUCUCCGUCGACGUCACAGGCAAAGCGUUUCGCCUAUGCCGAAUUACAGGGUUCCACGGCAGACAUAUACAGCAUGAGGUCCUCUCUCACCUCAAAGAUGUCCCUCUCUUCCGCGCCUUUGAUUGGUCUACCUCCAACGAGAACCUAGUCGCCGUGGGUCAGUCAUCAGGCGAAGCUACGAUACUACGACUUGACGCCGAUCCGAAGGAAUCUCUUUCCUUUCCUGUUCGAAACCAACGAUAUUGCAACGCAGUGGCAUUCAGUACACACGGACUUGUGGCUUCGGGUCUGGAUCGUGUGCGCAAUGACUUUUGCUUGAAUAUCUGGGACGUCAACCAACGACUUAGUCCUUCCGGCACUACAAAGGGAUUUCACGAGCCGUUACGAAAGCUGGCCAGUUCCGAGCCUAUUACCAGUAUAAAGUUCUUUCGAGAUCAACCGGAUACCCUGGUUACGGGAGUGAAGGGUCAAUUUGUUCGGAUCUAUGACCUAAGAGAGGGCCCCGGAAACCCGUCAUUACAAUUUCCAACUCGAUGUGUCCAUAAUUUGGCGAUUGACUGGCUUGACGAGAACUACAUCGCUUCAUGUGCAGCAUCCAAUGAAAGUACCGUCUGCGUCUGGGAUCGACGUGUCGGAACUCGUUUAACAUCGCCCUUUGUGACAUCUUCUGCGAUAAAUACCGAAGCUAGUCAGACUUCGGCUGUUCUUCAACUCAAAAAUGUCUUUGAUCCUAAAAGUUCUAUUUGGAGUUUGAGGUUUUCCAAAACAAACCAGGGAUCUUUGGGCGCAUUGUCUAGCACUGGCCAUCUGAAAACCUUUGAUAUAGCCAAAGAUCACUUAUCGGAAGAGUAUCGCUCUUCGAUCGAUGAAACACUGGGUCAGGGAUCUUUCAGAAAUUACCCGGAACCGAUCCAUACCAAGCACAUCAGAGACGUCGCUACACCGUUUGACCAUCCCAUCCGUGGUUAUGGAGAAAAGGAUCGGGUCGUGGCCUUUGACUUCUUAAACUUGAGUGUUUCUUCACAACCCAGUGCUAUUGCGAUUGAUGGCAAUGGGAUUCCGCAAAUCAUUACUGGGCGACCACCAUGUCCCCCUGUGGCUCUAUCGUCGCAAGGGACAUUAUCCUGUGGCAUUUCAUCCAUUGAUUCUGACCUCAGAUCGAUCCGCCCUCUGUCUGAACAAAUUUCUCCAAUUUCUGAGCUUGUCGGAAACAUCAAGUCACGCGUACUUUCUACUGGUUCGAAAGGGUACAGAAUCGACGAUCGCAAGUCGUUUGGUUCCGAAGCAGUGGUAACAGCCGAUCCGGUUCCAAGCAGGGAAACUCGGGAGCGGGCUUUAUCACUUGGUACAUUUGGAACUUUACUGACUGCAAAGGAGGCGUUGACUCUUUCUACACUUGGCCGGUUCCGGUGUAAAGAGGGCUAUCUCUUCGAUGAAGCGAGGAAUCGAGAAAUCGUAUCAGAUGAUGCUGCUCUGCAAGACCUUUGGGCCUGGAUUGAAAGAGCUCGGUCAGAUUCCUCAGGAAUGGCUAUGGUCACAAAUGGGUUGGAUUUGAAUUAUCUUGGUGUGAGCAGUGUAUGGCAUAAUGAUCUGGGUCACGGGUUCGAAAAACGUCGUGUCGGAUCCAAGGCCGACGAUGCAAGCCUUGCAGCUGAAGCAAUCGUUCAGUUAGCAGAACAAUUAAGUUUGCCCGAGUCAAAAGGCUGCGAGACUGGACAUCCCGAGCAUCGUCGACUCUGUCUUCGCCUCUGCGGUGCGGCUCAGUCCUACCGAGAACUGGAGGACUUAGUUAAGGCCCUCUCUGCAGCGGGUCAGCAUACAAAAGCAGCUGCAAUGGCUGUCUUCCAGGCCGAACCAAAACUAGCAUACCUGGCACUUCGAGGCAAUGAGCCCAAACAAGCUCAUAAGUUGCUAGCUAUGGCCAUUGCUGGAUCUGCGAAAGGAGACAACAGUGCCGACUGGGAAGAAACAUGCGCUGAGAUCUCGAAAGAACUCACUGACCCAUAUGCACGCGCGAUCCUUGCUCUCGUGAGUAAAGGCGACUGGCAUGCAGUCAUCAAUGAGACCACGCUUCCAUUACAAUAUCGCGUUGAGGUUGCCCUGCGCUGGCUUCCGGAUGAUGAGCUGAGCGAAUACCUGAAAGAUGUGACCACCGAAGCAAUACAACAGGGUGACGUUGAGGGUGUGGUGCUUACUGGACUAGGCCAUCUGGCCAUGGGUCUUUUCCAGUCGUACAUCGACAAGUUCAACGAUAUCCAGACCCCUGUACUUGCCAUGAGUCACACCGUACCACGGAUCAUCAGCAAUAGCACAUACAUCGCAAAGUUUGAAGCUUGGCGCGAAACAUAUCGUCGACAGAUGAAUUCCUGGAAACUCCAACUUGAAAGAGCCCGCUUUGAUGUUGGCUCUCGUCAGUUCGCCGUCACUGUCGACGGGCAAAAACUCAUUCCACCCCCACCACAACAGGUGAGCCUGACAUGCAACUACUGCACCCAACCCCUCACACAACAUGAUUCAUCGUCCCAAAUAUCUCCAUCCACUGCAAUGGAAACCGUUCACCCAACCGUGGGAAACCCUCUCGGAUCUGCUAGUAUGUCUGGGACCGUCUGCCCCCGUUGUGGUCGUCAUAUGCCUCGCUGUGGUGUUUGUACACUGUGGCUUGGCUCGCCGGAUCCAUUGUCCCGCUCAGGUAUUGCUGCUGAUGCAGAACCGAACUUGCAAAAAGCUACAGAGGCGGAAGUCAUGCGGCGAUUUGUUGUAUUCUGUAUUCAUUGCAACCACGGCUUCCAUGCAAACCAUGCACGCGACUGGUUCAUGCGGCACAAGGUGUGUCCGGUAGCGGAGUGUAGUUGCAUCUGCGAUCGAUGA